CCGCAGGACGCGUGUGCGGCUUGCGCGCAUCCCGCCACUGAUCCUCUCCUCACUUCCACCCCGUAUCGCUGAAAUGCACAUUUCCCGCGUGGAUCUCUGCGUGUGAACUUUAUUACGAGACGGUCGGAUGCAGUGAGCGCGUUUGACGCAAAGUUGACCCACCAAAAAGCGGGAUUCGGUGCGCAGCAUUGGGGUCAUGGACUAUGGAGGCUCUAAGUCUGAGCGUCAACGCCGUGUCCUACACUGUGGUGGGCGAGGUGAGCCCGACCGACGACCCGUUCACCGGACCCAUCCAGAACAUCGCGCCAUGGAACUUCACCAUCUUGGCCGUGCUCAUGUUUGUGGUCAGCUCGCUGUCGCUGAGCGAGAACUUCCUGGUCAUGUUUGUCACGUACAAGUUUAAACAACUCAGACAGCCGCUCAACUACGUCAUCGUCAACUUGGCCAUCGCAGACUUCCUGGUUUCCCUCACCGGCGGACUCAUAAGUUUCCUGACGAACGCCAGAGGUUAUUUCUUCCUGGGCCGCUGGGCAUGUGUGGCGGAAGGCUUUGCGGUCACUUUUUUCGGAAUCGUGGCCCUAUGGUCUCUGGCCAUUCUAUCUUUCGAACGAUUCUUUGUGAUCUGCCGACCUCUGGGCAACAUCCGACUGCAAGCCAAACACGCCAUAAUGGGUCUACUCUUCGUCUGGACCUUUUCCUUCAUUUGGACCUUCCCUCCGGUGCUGGGCUGGAACAGAUACACUGUCAGCAAGAUUGGAACAACCUGUGAGCCUGACUGGUAUUCAACCAACUCUGCUGGCCAUAGCUACAUCAUCACUUUCUUCACUACCUGUUUUAUUCUGCCUCUUGGAUUGAUCUUCUUCUGCUAUGGGAAGGUCCUGCAAAAACUCCGAAAGGUGUCCCAUGGCCGUCUGGCCACUGCCAGGAAGCCUGAGCGUCAGGUGACCCGUAUGGUAGUAGUGAUGAUUAUUGCAUUCAUGGUGGCAUGGACACCAUAUGCAGUCUUCGCCAUAUUGGUCACAGCUCAUCCCACCAUUGAGUUGGAUGCCAGGUUGGCUUCCAUCCCGGCAUUCUUCUCCAAGACCGCUGCGGUAUACAACCCAAUCAUCUACGUGUUCAUGAACAAACAGUUCAGGAAGUGCUUCAUUCAGCUCUUCACCGGUUCGCUGAACAUGGCAGACAUGAACCAGACGUCAGGUCGACCUGGAACUACUGCAGAGAGUCAAACGGGAGAAAUGGCUACUAUUGCGGCCCGCUUCCCUGUGGGCGGCCCAGCAUCGCCAAGGUCUGAAGAGUCUCCGACUGACUGCAGCUCCAUUGGUCAGCUGCCCAUCCCAGAGAACAAAGUGUGUCCCAUGUAACAGCGGACGUACACACAGCAGGUCUAUGCCAACAUGUUUUAUUUUGCACUGAUUUGUUUUAAUUGUUGGAGGGGAUGAAUUGACUACAUUUUUUUGCAUCGCGCUCUUACCUUUGUAUUUCAUUUGCAGUUGUGGAGGAAAGAAAAGUUCAGAAAAGGAAUGAAACCCUUUGUUCAGUCACAUUGCAGUAGUCUGCUAAAUAUUUUGUUUUAAUGAGCCCAAAAGAUAAAAGCUUGCAUUUAGAAAUGCUUAUUAGACUCUUUGUAAGCAAGCUUGCCUUACACUUGUUUGUAUUGCUGGUGACUAUAUGUGGUGUACUUUCAAGCAUGCAUGUAUGGCACAUAGACCAGCCUUGCACCUUGAUCCCUUGUCUACACAUCCUCACUGAUUUAGAGUUGAGCAGCGCAAGCCAGCGAGCUAAGAGCAUCUGUUAAGGCAUUGGGGAUUGAGGUUUACAUA